CAAGAGCUCAUUUCAAGAUAACAGCAAAUAUGGAACCACCACCACCAGGGGUAAAGGCUCGAGCUUUAGAUAUUCCACUUUAUGAGAUUGGCUUUGAGUUUGUAGAAAUCACACCCCAUAAACUCACCGGCCGUCUUCCUGUGACAGAAAAGUGUUGCCAGCCCUUCAAGGUGUUGCACGGUGGAGUUUCAGCUAUGAUAUCUGAGGCUUUGGCAAGUAUGGGAGCUCAUAUGGCUUCUGGUUUUUCCCGAGUGGCUGGAAUUCAUCUCAGCAUACACCAUCUCAAGAGUGCUCAAAUCGGUGACCUUGUUUUUGCUGAGGCUACACCAGUCAACAUUGGCAAAACUAUUCAUGUUUGGGAAGUUUGUCUUUGUAAGAUUGAUCCAAACAAUGAGGAAAACAAAACUUUGAUAGCAUCAUCAAGAGUCACCCUUAAGACCAACAUGCCUGUACCUGAAAAUGCCAAAGAUGCUGCUGUCAAUCUCAAGAAAUAUGCUAAGUUAUGAUCAAGUUCAGUUGAGUUUGUUUGCAGAAUAUUUUGAUGCCCAACUACUCCAGGCUCUACAAAGGUUGAAGGAAGAUGAGAAGAUAACUUCAAUUUGCCCGACCAGCAGGGGGGCGCGUGCUUAUCUAUUGUGAGAAUGCUACAGAGUGAGUUGCUCUUCUAGGCGGACAGCUUGUGACAACACUACAGAGAAAGCGGCGCCGGACCUGCCCGGGUUUGAUCCCUCAAUAAGCAUAGCAAAAUGCUCUCUCUGAGUUUUCUGGAAUAAUUGCAAACCUUAAAUCAUUUCUCUGACAAGCAAGUAGGUUAUCAAUAACUAACCAUUACUCUUAUGUCAUUUGUGGUCGUCUAUAUAAUCCUCUAUAUCUUCUUCUUCUUUUUUUCAACUAUAUAAUCCUCUAUAUCCAUUUGGCUUUAUCCAUUCCAAUAUUGAUCAAGUCUCUAAGCAAGUAGGCUAACAGAUAGUUGACCAAGCACCUUGAGGGAACUCUAGCACUACACACGGGAACAGUGAUUGGCAAUUACAAAUUUCCAACAUUACAUCAUUACAUGUAUAUAUUUUACCAAGAGCUUAAUAGCUAACCUGAUAGUUAUCAUUCUCUGUUAACACUUCAUUAACAAUGAGCAUAUCCUAAUGAAGUGUUUGAGUGAGACUGCAUCAUAAAGAUAGUAUUACUUCCAUCCAUCUCAUCUAAUACUAGAUAUCGUAGUAAUCCAACACAUAUUGACUCCUCCAAUAGCGUAGUUGAUUCUUUUCUUGAUUCAUCUCUAACUAUGGUCCAUGCACCAAACCACUACUCUUGAACAGCUACCUCAGUGUGAUGCUACAAUCUACAUCACCAAAGUUUAUUCCACAUACAAAUUCAGCAAUCAAACAUAGUACCAAUCGAGACAAGUUUGACCAUAAUCACACCUCUGAAAAGCAGUUAUAUGGAAGAUGUUUUUUCCAGCAAUUUGAUUGACGUCCAGAAGAAGUCAUUAAAUGGUUACUGGUUGGUCAAUUCGUUGAGGCUUCACCAAUUGUACGCUGGUAAUAACAAAUCAUCAAACUGGCAACCUAAGUGUAAGUAUUAUAAGGUACUUAAAGCUUUAAAAUAUGAUCACUAGUUAUCAUCACUAUUAUUGACGAAAUGGAGGAGAUUCGAGUGUACUUUAAUCA